GGUCUUAGGAGCAGGACUGAUAAGGCAGUAAAUAAAAUUGUUUAAUCGGCUUCGGUCCACAAUCCUGUGAGGCUCGACUGCGUCAGGGUGGUCUUAGGCAGACAGCAUGGCCAAAAUAGCGUGGAUGGUGACGUACCUGGCCGUCUGGGCGGGGCUGUGCCAAAUGGCAGUGGGCAUGAGGCUGCAAGAUGGGCGUUAUGAGGAUGUAGUGUUGGCUGUGGACCCAAGUAUGGGGACUCACGUCAUCACGAUAAACGAGCUGAAAACUAAGGUUAAGAUCCUGCUGGAAGCGACCUCCAAUUCCCUCCACGCCGCCACCGACGGCAAAUUCUCCUUGGGCUCCGUCAAGGUGGUCAUCCCACAGACAUGGGACGUUCCGGAAGACCUGCUGGGGGAACCUGCAGAGGACGUCUCGUGGAGCUCCGCCGACAUCCGCCUCGAGGAGCCCCAGAGGGAUUACAGAGGGAAUUACAUGCUUCAUACACCAAAUACACUGCAGCCUGGUCAGUGCGGAGUUCCUGGUCGACACAUCACUAUUCACACUACUUUCUUGGACGCUCAGUAUGCAGAGGAGAAUUACGGGUCACAAGGCGGCGUGAUGGUGCACGAGUGGGCCCACUACCGCUGGGGGGUCAUGGAGGAGCAUGGGUUCCCCGGAGACACCAUCUUCCCUGUUCAUUACUCGCGGGGAGAACAAAUCGACCUCCCGACAAGCUGUUAUGACGGAGAACUGGAUGGAAAUUAUCAGACUGAGGAGGGCGUGGCAUGUAACCCUAGUGCUCCAUCACCCACGUGCUACUUCGUUCCAAAUGCCAGCGCCUCGCCUACCAAAGGGUCUCUUAUGUAUCUGACACAUCUUUCUGACGGCCACUUCUGCAACAGGAGCAGCCACAACCCAUGGGCGCCCACACCUCAGAAUAUCCACUGUGGGCGUCGGUCCGUUUGGGAAAUAAUUGAGUCCCAUGAUGAUUUUCUAAAAACUGGUGAGCCUCACGAAAAACCAGCGGAAGUAGCUGUUACUUACCACAAAUCUCAGACACCGAGGGUUUUCAUACUGUUCGAUCCUCCUACAUUUGAAGCCAGCGAGAGUGCAAUAAAGGACAUGGUCAAAAUGACAAUUCAAGAUCUGUCGAGGAAAUUCGGAUCAGUAGAAAUUGGAAUGGCUACCUUCAGGCUCCAAGGUGAAAACGUUAACAUCAUCAAGAAGAGAGAUUUUGGUCCUGUUACAAAUCUGGCCAGCCUGGACCAGUUCAUGCCGACAGUCAGUGAUCGUUUGUCAGAGAACACAGUGCCACUGGGCCGGGCUGUGGCUCAACUGGUGCCAAGCUGGACGGAAUACACUCCGGGCACUCUGCUGGUGGCACUCGUGUACAAUCACGUGACGAGCGAUGAGGCAGCAGCGAUGGAGAGCGAAACCCUCCUGAAGAAGAAGGUCAAGAUGCUUCUCCUGGACGGCCUCGCAGAGCUCGGGCACCUAUCCAGCAUGGCACCCGUCCUGCAAGAGGCCGGCGGACGCAUCUACGGCUCAUCGAACAUGACCGUCAAUGAAAUGAAUUUGCAGAAUGACUUAGAAAAAUACUUAAAAAAUCACCACUUUAAUGAUCACAUCGUGUACGGCGUCUCUACAACCGAAAUCAAAACUGGAGAAAACGUCGUGGGAAAUAUCCAACUCGAUACGCGAGGACUAUCGUUUCUCAACCUCGUGAUGAAGAUCGAUUCCUUUGAUCCUGCGAAAUUCAGUCUAAUCUUGAAGCAUCCUUUGACGGCUUCAAAUGUUGCUUGUGGCACGACCGCUGCGCAAAAGAUCAAUUUCAUCUGCGAGAAUUUUGAUGGAGGCAUUUACGCCACUCUGGGGAUAACGGGAGCUGUGGGGUCCGAUACCAUCUACCAGUAUAAGUUAACAUCGACAUCGCAGGAAGACCACAGUGCAACAAUGACCUGGAGUACGGUGGAAACAGACGUCAACAACACAUUGAUUUACGUAGAUCUGUGGUCAUCGGAAGACAGAGGCAUCAAGGCGAACAUUUCAGAAAGUGCCGCUCUUAUGCUUUUCUGCGAGGUUGCGCACCCGCAAGGCUACCUCGAGGAGUUAACAAUAACGGCCGAAGUCAGGAUUGACGAUUCUCCGCCUUUCUUUGUUAAUUUUGUUGACGAUAGAGUUGGAGAAAUAGACACACGCAAAAACGACAGUGUCUGGACAGCCAUUAUACCUGGGAAGUACUCCGCUGGAUCGGAACUCAUCGUUACCAAAUUAGCGAUCAACCACAACCCUGAUAUUUACUCACCUAUUAACACUGGUAACAAUGUGAGGUCGAAGCGCGAAGUCGUCGCCUCUUCAGGAGGUUCUGCCGCGCCCUCCGGGUCCUCAGCGCUCCCGAAGAACCCCUGGGACGGCUCCUGCUGCGGGAGUUUCCAUGACGGAAAACCCUUCAAGGACUUGCCAAUCAACCGGUUCUUCAGAUUUCCUUACAAGACGAACCUCACGCGGGACAUCGAGGACACUCCCCCAAAAGUCGUGGGGUUGGAGCCUGAUGAGAACAGCGAGCAACAAGUAGAAGGAGAUGUUGUGAAGGUGACUUUCAAGUGGGGAAGCAGGGCAGAGACAAGAACAGCCAGGUCGAAUCCGGACAGCUUCAUAAUCCGGUAUUCGACUGAUCUGUAUGAGCUUAUUGACGAUUUCCAAAACGCAAAGGAGCCCUUGGAAGGCACGGGCACAGCACCUGGGACGGCUUCAGAGACCGUGGUUUCCCUGCCUUACGACGAGCUAGUGAACAAGGAGGUGUAUCUCAGCAUUGCAUCUAAUAAGAAUGGAGUCGUGGGACCUCCGGCAACUGCUACUGCGGUUACGAUAAACGAAAAAACGACAACCACCACAGUCACAACCACCACAGUCACAACCACCACCACCACCACCACCACAGUCGCCACAACGCCUGACGCCACCACCGCCCAGCCAACGACCCCCAGCGACGUCGUGACAAAUGAAGUUACUACGACUCCUUUAACGACAACAACGGACAGCGCCUCAUCCGGGGCCCUUUGUCCCUUGCUGUUCGCUGUUGUCAUGGCUCUCUGCCUUACUCUGCGUUAAAAAGAUAUAUGACGUUACGUUGUUGUAAAGUUAAAAUUAGUUCAGGCUGCUGGUUCAUUUUUGAUUGGUGCUUAUUAGGUAUGAUAUUGAUACGUUGUUGUUUCUUCAUUUUGGAUUUGGAAUUUUGGAGUCAAAAGGAUGUUGGCAGUUAUUUGUAAUAUAUCAUGUAUUUAGUGAUUUUAUUAGAAAAUAGAUAUAGAAAUAGCUAUACUUCGUUUAAGAAAAGAAAAUACUUAGGAUAAAAAUGUAUCGUGAUAUGACAAUUCUUAAAUUUGGACACAUUUGUAAUCAAAUGGAUAUUGGCAAUUGCUUGUAAUAUACAGUUAUUUGUAAUAUAUCAUGUAUUUAGUGAUUUUAUUAGAAAAUAGAUAGAUAAAUAGUUAUACGUCGUUUAAGAAAAGAAAAGACAAACUUGAGAUAAUAAUAUUUCAUGAUGAUGAUUCUUAAAUCUGGACACAUUUAGAAUCAAAGGGAUACUGACAGUUGCUUGUAAUAUGCAGUAUAUUUAUUGAUUCAAUUCAGAAAAUCUUCAAUCCACUUGUACUUAAUUUAGGGAGAACAACACCCUUAAUAUUUAUAAAAAAAAUGAUGGAAAUGUCUGAUGUGACCAAUGCACACUCACAGACCAAUGACAGUCUAUAAAAGAUGCUACAAGUGGUUGUUCCAUGAACUGAUUAAAUUAUAAAUAUAUUCACGUGAUUCACA